CUGGUUAUCACCGACACACACACGAGUAGUUUGUCGAGUGGAGAUCAUCACAGACAGCAGAUCCAUAAAGUCAGAGCUGUCAAACUGUGUUUUACGCACAACUCCACGCUGUGCCACGGAUUACCUGCAGGAGAUAAACGCAUUGCAUUUCAGUGUUUUGCACUUUGGGAUUACAGACACACACAUACCGAUCACUAAACAGCUGCUGUUGUUAGCAGAAAACGGAUGUCAGUGUGGUGUUCAGAGAUGGGAGAGGGUCUGGGGCCACUCUCCCCUGUAGGAUGGUAGCCAACAGCACAGUGGAAGGCCUUGACAAGACCAGGUUGUCUAGCUCAUCCUCAUCGUCAUCGUCAACCUCAUCCUGUUCUUCAUCAUCGUCCCUGUCAUUACCGCUGGCUAGGCACGAGCUCUCUCUCAGCCCUCAGCGAACAGAGUCAGAGCUUCAGCGUCGGGACGAUCCCAGCCCGAGGUCGGUGUCGGUCCCCUCGGUGUACCUCACACACUUCCCCACAUUCUCUUGUAAGGAGGACUGCAAGAUCAUUACGGACACAGCAGCCAAGCUUGAACACAGCGCCUUCUACUGGGGCCCUCUGGGAGUGGAGGACGCCCAUCGCAUGCUGAGGGACGCUCCUCUGGGAAGCUUCCUCAUCCGUGACAGCCGGCAGAAACACGUCUUCUUCACGCUGUCCUACCACGGCAGCAGCGGGCCAGUCAGCGUGCGCAUCGACUACAAGCAGCGGAAGUUCUCACUGGCGGGCAACGAGCGCUCCUUCCCGUCGCUCUUCGCCCUCUUGGAGCAUUACAUCAAUUCCCCCAAGAAGAGCCUGAGCGUCCCGUACAGGAAAUGGAAGCCGACACUGCAGGAGCUGUGCAGGAAGCGCAUCAUGGAGCUGUGUGGGGGGGGCCAGGUGUCCGAGCUGCCACUCACACAUGUUGUCCAAGGCUUCCUCAUGGAAUUCCCUUACAAACUGUGACCAGAUUGCCUCUCAAAGUUUUGAUAGUAUUAUUAUUCAUUUCAAGAAGGACCUUUUUACUGAUGAACAGUAAACCGGAGGAGUGUUUGGUAAAGACUGCUCAUAAUGCGAUGGACGUUAAGACUGCGUUGUCAUGGUCACACAUGAAAGUAUGUCCAUUACCUGGGCUUAAAAACUGCAAAAUGGUUCACAAGAGACAUCAUGACCACAGUCAAGUAAAGG